AUGGUAUCAUGUGGUUGUAGUAAAGAAAAUGUUGAAUUAUCAUCUGCAAAAAUUAUUGGUGGCGAAGAAGCAAUUCCAUUCAGUUGGUCGAUGAUUGUAUCUAUUCGUUUGAACAAUUUCGACGAGCAUUCAUGCGCUGGAACAAUUCUUACUGAAUCAUAUAUUUUAACAUCAGCACAUUGUGUUGCUGGUACAUUGGUAUGGGAUGUAUCUAUUGCUGCUGGUAUGCAUAAUCGAAUCACAGAUUUCUCAAUGAUUCGUUAUGUAACUGAGAUUUAUAUACAUCCUAAUUGGAGCGGAAAUGAUGGUACUUAUCGCAAUGAUAUUGCAAUAUUACGUAUUUCUCCACCAUUAUCUAUGCCGGGUAUUUUAGGCCUUACUCGAAUAUGUGUGCCAUAUAUUAAUUCAAUGACUGAAACAGUAAACUAUCCACCGACUGGUAGUCAUCUAGUUAUUGUUGGCUGGGGCUCAACCCAAUAUGAUUACAAUAGUACGUCUGAUACACUUCAACAAACUAGUAUAUAUAUGAUUGAUAACAAUGAUCCUAUCUGUCAAGAAUCGAUUCAUGACGAAGAAAAGCAAUUUUGUGCUGGAAUGUCUGGAUACAAUCCAUGUCAAGGUGAUUCGGGUGGUCCAGUUUUUCAAUGGAAGGGUACUUAUUGGGAACAAGUAGGCAUUAUAAGUCAUGGAGGAGAAUGUAAUCGUAAUGCUUCUACGAGUAUUUUUACCCGAUUGGCUUAUUAUUUCGAUUGGAUGGAAUCUGUAAUAGGUAGUUCACUAACUACAACUACAUUAAGACCUCCUCCAAUCCCAACGUCAUAUGCAUGUAAUAAGACAUCAUCAUGUGGUUGUGGUAAGGCUGAUGUAGUUCUAACGUCUUCUCGUAUUGUUGGCGGUGAAAAUGCCAUUGAAGAUAGUUGGCCAAUGAUUGUAUCUCUUCGUUUGGAAGGCACUAAUGAUCAUUCAUGUGGAGGAACAAUAUUAUCUAAUUCAUAUAUUCUUACUGCUGCUCAUUGUCUUCGUAGAAUAUCCACAGAACAUCCAGCGGGUAUUACUAUUGAAGCAGGAAUGACAAAUAGAUCAGAUCCAUUACAAAUCAUACGUAAUGUUGAUCGAAUUUAUAUGCAUCCAAAUUAUACAAGUAUACCAAAUGAUUAUCGUCAUGAUAUUGCUCUAUUACAUAUUGAUGAACCAUUCGUAUUUGAAUCAAAUUCAAGAUUGACGAGAACAUGUAUUCAUUAUAUUGAUCCAUCAAUAUCACAAACUCAAUAUCCAAAGAAUGGUACUCGUCUUGUUGUUAUUGGAUGGGGUGUACUUCGCUAUCAAACUAGCUAUCUUCCGGAAAUUCUUCAACAAGCACAAGUCUUUACAAUUGAUAAUCAAGAUCCGAUAUGUUUGAAUUCUAUGAAUGACAGUAAAUUACAUUUCUGUGCUGGAUUAUAUGAAGGUGGAAAAGAUUCUUGUCAAGGUGACUCCGGUGGGCCAAUAUUUCAAUGGACAGGACAGUAUUGGGAACAAGUAGGUAUUGUAUCAUAUGGCAAGAAUUGUGGACUAGCUACUUCUCCAGGAUUUUUAAUUCAAAAACAAUUUAGUAUUAAUUUUUCAAUUUAUUUUGCUAAACUUUUAAAAUUUAUUCAAUUUUAA